UAAAAAUUAGAGAAUUUGACGUAGUGAACAUAAUGUUACUGAGUGACUUUUUAUCAAAUAUGUGCAUACGGAAGUGUAUGUUGCUUGGCAACAGAAUGCGUGACGCACGUCAACAUCAGGUGCUUGGGGACACUAGCGCAGAGACGCAUAGAUGGCGGAGAGAAACACUCUGGAGAAACUCGAUUUGGGCGCUUUAAGCCUCGAGCAGCAGGAGAAGCUGCACCAGUUCAAGGUCAAGACGCGGAUAGCUAAUGAAAAAUAUUUAAGGUCUCAUCCAGAGGUGGAAAUGUUACUCAGCGACUUCUUAAGGGAUGUUUUUCUGAAAAGGCCUACAGACAUUCGUGAAUUUGCAGCAGAUCAUUUCAGUGACCCAGGACUGCCAAAGAAAAUUCAGGAGCAAAUUAAUAUCCAUAAGUGA